AUGAAUCAUUCGACUGGAGAUGGAAGUUCCUUCUGGCAGUUCUUCAACUCUUUGUCUGAGAUCUUCAUGGGUUCACAAGAAGAGACCAUUGACAAUAACAACAACAACAAAUUGCUCUGUCUCAAGAAUCCUCCAAUCUUUCGUGAAGUGUCUGGUCCUAUUUGUAGCCUUCCCUUGGUUGCACCUGAUGAGUCCACAAGUCUUUCCGAGACUCCGGUUGUGAAGGAGAGAAUAUUCCAUUUCUCAUCAGAAAUACUGAUGUUUCUGAAAUCAAAGGCGAAUCAAGAUUGCGGAACGACAAACAUCUCUUCUUUUCAGUCGGUAACCGCAUUCAUAUGGAGAAGCAUUACAAGAGCAAGAAAACUAGGGAAUGAUCAAGAAACUACUUGCAGGCUUGCUGCUGGCAAUAGGUCAAGAAUGAAUCCACCAUUGCCAAUGGGUCACUUUGGGCUUUACAUCUCACCUGUGCAAGCGACUAUGAAAACUGGUAGUCUAUUGGAAAAUGAGUUUGGAUGGGCUGCUUUGAAACUGCAUCAAGCUGUAACAGAACACACUGACGAAAAGGUCUCAUCAGAAAUUGAUCGAUGGUUGAAGUCAUUUCUGAAAUUUGGUGGACUUUUCAGUCCCAACUUAGUUCACGUGGGAGGCUCUCCAAGGUUUAACAUGUACGGAUGCGAGUUUGGGAUGGGGAAAGCGGUUGCGGUUAGAACCGGUUAUGGCUGUAAGUUUGAUGGGAAGGUAACAGCUUAUCCGGGAAGAGAAGGAGGAGGAAGCAUGGAUUUGGAAGUUUGUCUUCCUCCGGAGUUUAUGGAAGCUUUGGAAUCAGAUCAAGAGUUCAUGUCCCUUGUCUCCUCUUAUUCUUGA